AUGUAUUUGUAUAUAAUAUUGUUAAAUUAUAAAUAGAUUUUCAUCAUAAAAAUAAUGAGAGAAAUAAUAAACAUGUGAAUGAAAAAUCUAAUUAUGAUAGAAAUGAAAAGCAUAAUGAUAAAAAUAAUGAUAGGAAUAAUGAUAGAUAUGAUAAUAAAAAUGAUAUAAAAAGAAAGGAUCGCCAUCAAAAGAGGAAAAAUAGGAAAUAUUCAUCAUCAAGUUUAUCAAGACCAUCAUCUUCAGUUACAGUUUAUGUUUCAUAAUCAGAAUCAUCAUCAAGUUCUGAAAAAGUGCCUAGAUAUAGACCCAAAAAUCAUGAUAAUAUGGUAUUAUUAUUGGAGAAUUUACCAGAAGAUUUAACAAAAUAAUAAUUAUAUCAUGCAUUUAAUGAAGUAGCUAUGGAAGCUAAUGUAAUUCCUCAUGAAGAAAUAUCUAUCAUAAAUGCAUUUGGGUAAGCAUAUAUAAAAUAUUAUACUGUUGAUUAUGCAAGAAAAGUUUUAAUAUAUUUAAAAGGUAAAAUAUAAAUAGGUGAACAUACUCUCAAUGUAGAUUUUUAUGAUGAUUCCUACAUCAAUUUAAUUUCAACUAUCCUCAUAAGUUAAUACAUAAUAACAACCAUAAUAACCAUAAGAUAUUACACAAUAAUAAAAAUAAACUCAAAUUUAAAUUCCUAUUUAAAUUCCAAUAUCUAUUAAAUCCCAAUACCUUCUCCUAUGCCAAUACAUUAAAUUCCUUAAAUUUCACUUAUUUAACACAAUUAAUCACCAUAAACUUAACAAUUCUCUAAUUACCAAUAUAAAUACCAGAAGUCUCUAUUAUCCAACCUAUAGUUUAAGCACCAUUUCAAGCUGCUUAAUUAGCAUAAGAAAGGAUUAUAUUGAAAUAAGAACAAAAAAUUACAUUAUCAACUCCACCAAUGAAUCUAAUGACUUAACUUCCACCAAAAAUUCAUGCUCCUAAACCUUAAUAAUAGUAAUAGCUAAGUCAAUAAUAAUCCUAAUAAAAAAAGUUAUAAAAAGUUGAAAAAGUAGAAAAAGAAGUUAAAUCAGAUAAAUCGGAUGAACAACCUUCUCCUCUUCCUACAAAAAUUGUAAAGAAAGUACAGCAACCUUAAUUAACAGAAGCCUAAAUAAGGAAAAAGGCAGAAUUAGAAUUAAACAAAUGGGAAAAUAAUAAUAAACAAAAAACCAGAAGUCAAAGUUACUACUUCAAAACCAAUCAUAAAUCAAGUUGA